AAAAAAAAAAAAAAAAAAAGAGGGGAAAAGAACCACUGGUUGGGCGAAUGUUUACCGAGCAAGCAUUGAGUGGUGGUGAGGGAAGUGACAGUCACACUGGAGCCUCGGUGUAUGAUAACAACACAGGUGAUCGGCUUCCAAGGUUGCAUUUGACAGCGGAAUGUUCACUCGACGGGGCCAUGGAGACGUCAAGAAAUCUACACAGAAAGUUUUGGACCCAAAGAAGGAUGUUCUGACGCGGCUGAAGCACCUGCGCUCUCUGUUGGAUAACAUUGACAAGAGUGAGCUGAAGCUAUUCUUCGAGAGCAAUGUUUCACAGAUUUAUUUUAUCUUCCAUGAAAAUUUCAUUACACUGGAAAGCAACUUAAAACAAAAAGGGAUCAAGUCUCAAAGGGAGGAGCUGGACUCUGUCCUCUUUAUUUUUGAAAAAAUCCUGCAAUUUCUGCCGGAGAAAAUUUACAACCGGUGGCAGUUUCACAGUAUAGGUUCUAUUCUGAAAAAGCUACUACACACUGGAAAUUCUUUCAAGAUCCGAUGUGACGGUAUCCGUCUCUUCCUGCUGUGGCUGCAAGCCUUGAGGGACAAUUGUGCUGAAGAGCAGUUCCUUAUCUAUGCCUGUCUGGUGCCGGGUUUCCCUGCAGUGCCCUCAUCCAGGGGGCCUCGCACCCUUGACACCAUCAUUUACAACCCAUACUCCAACCCACCCGACGCUAAGGUGGUGCCUGAAGAAAUCACCCCGCUUGUUCCAGCUGUGGCAGGCGAGAAGGUAGCAGAUGACCAGACUUGUUACAUCCUCGAAACUCUGCUCAAGUUCAUGGUUAUCCAGGCAUCCAGUUUAGAGUGGAGAAACAAAGAAAACCAGGAGACGGGCUUCAGGUUUCUCUUCAGCCUGUUCAAGAAGUACUACCUUCCACAUCUAUUCCCCUCCUUCACCAAAUUCACAAAUCUCUACAAGCCUUUGUUAGAGCUCCCUCAUCUUCGACCAAAACCCUUGUACGUGCCAGUGACAAGGAACAACGAGAGCACCUUCUGCACUAGAGACCAGUAUCUGGCUCCCCGUGUAGCUUUCAUCACCUGGCUGGUCACCUUUUUCCUCAAGAAGAAGUAUAUCAGCAGCACUGCAACAGCGCAGAAUACAAAGAAUGGCCCUGAAGUCCUUCCGAAACUCAUCCAGACUGUCACUGCAGGCGGUAGCAGCCAGGAAAAAGAAAAGGACAAGACUUCCGAUGGGGACACAAACGGGCCCACGGGAGAGCCUGACAAGAGCCACUCCAACAGCAGCACACUGUCAAAUCGACGGUCCAGUGAUUCCAGUUUAUGUAGCAUUGAGGAGGAGCACCAGUAUGUCUAUGACAUGGUGCAUGCCAUCUUACUAUCUACCAGGGACAAUGUGAAUUUUGUCAACGAGGUCUUCCACCAGGCUUUCCUGUUACCUUCCUGCGAGGCAUCGGCAACAAGGAAGGUGAUCAAAGUGUACCGAACGUGGAUACUGCAGGAGAAGCCCGGCUUCAUGACAGAGCCAGACAAAACUGCACAAGAAGAUGAAGUGGAUGAUAGCACUGAACAGAUACUCAGCACAGAGAAUAAUAAUAUGCAAGCACAGAUACUUGAGCGUCACGGCCAUAAGCGAUCGUCAAGUUGGGGAAGGACCUAUUCUUUCAGCAGCGCAAUCAGUCGAGGUUUUCUCACGGAGGAGAAGAACAGGGAUAUCAAGGCGGGCAUUCAACCCACACUACAAGUGUUUCUGACAAACUCUUCAAAUGUGUUCCUCCUUGAGCCCUGCCAUGAUGUACCCAAGCUCCUGGAGAAUCAGGUAGAGGUGUGCAAGUGUGUCCUGAGCAUCUACCGACAUAUGAUCAUGGAACACACAAUGGACACACAGACCUGGGAGCAGAUGUUGCAGGUCCUACUGAGGAUUACCGAAGCGGUGAUGAAGAGGCCAUCAGAAAACCAAAGAAAAGACAGUUUUGCUGAAAGUUUAGCAUCCAUCCUUUUUCGGACCAUCAUUGUGGCGUGGGUGCGUGCCAACCUGUGUGUGUACAUCUCUCGGGAGCUGUGGGAUGAGCUGCUUACAGUGCUGUCCUCUCUGACUUACUGGGAGGAGCUGGUGAUAGAAUGGGCCAGCAUCAUGGACUCCUUGACGGCUGUUCUGGCCCGUACCGUUUACGGCCUUGACAUGGCCAACCUGCCUCUGGAUAAACUCAGUGAACAGAAGGAGAAGAGGCAGCGAGCACGUGGAGUGAUUCAGGACUCUCAGAAAGCAGCUGCAGUGGCUCGUUCCUUUUCACUAAGUUGGAGGAACCAGGGAGAAGUGGCUGGGACUGGAGUUCAGGAGCCAAUGAGGAUUCGCUCUGCCACCACCUCAGGUGCUCCUGGUGUGGAGAAGGCCCGCAACAUUGUGCGACAGAAAGCUUCUGAUGUAGAGGAAUGUCAACUGUCAGAAUGUGGGGAAGAAUUAGGAGGAGGAGAGAGCCCGCUCCCACGUAGUAGCAGCACCUCCGACAUUACGCAACAACUUUCAGACACAUUACAAGCCCAGAAGAGAGAGCCCUCACCUACUUCCUGUGGUUCUGAUAGCGGAACAUCCGAGAGACGAGAGGGCAAUGAACUGCCAGUUAUCCUGAUCCGCCAUAGCAGCAGUCCACCUGAGACAGAAAAUAUAGCUGAGGGGUACCAUCACUACACAAGGGCAAAGCUCAGAGAGAAAAGUGAAAGUAUUAGCAGCGAGACGUCAAAUGGCUACUUGAAUGAAGCCGAGGUCACCUGGCAGGUUUUUGACGAGGAAGCUGACAAUCAGUCCACCCAGUCAGCCCACAUGGACGUGACCUCUGACCCGCAGAGCCGGGGGAGUCUGCUGCUGAGUCACCAUGAGGCUCUAGCAGGUCCUGAGUGUACUCUGUCUCCCCACUCUUCACCCUCACCCCAACACCACAACCACUACCACUAUCCUCCGAACCCCCUUGCCUCCCCAGCCCUCGUGGUGCACACCGAGUGCCCGCAGGAUUGCCCCCUGGACGACAGCAUUCAUCAGUCUGUCUUACAUAUGCCACACCACUUGGACAGCAGCGAGUGUCUGACUGAUGAUGUCAGCAUAAUUGCGGGAGGGACCCUGACGGGCUGGCAUGCUGAUUCAGCCUUUGUCCUAUGGAGGAGAAUUUUGGGUAUCCUUGGAGAUGUCAACAACAUAAGAUGCCCCAAAAUUCAUGCCCAAGUGUUUUCACAUCUUUAUGAACUGUGGCAAAAACUUGCUAAGAUUCGAGAUAACCUUGGUAUCAGUGUGGACAACCAGUCUUCUCCUCCCCAACCUGUAUUCAUUCCUCCCCUUCGUAUGCUCGCCUCCUGGCUCUUCAGGGCCACCAUGCUACCAGCGGAAUACAAAGCCGGCAAACUGCAGGCCUAUAAAUUGAUCUGUGAGAUGAUGACCAGACACCAGGAUGUCCUCCCAAACGCUGACUUCCUGGUGCAUCUCUACUACGUCAUGCACAAAGGCUUCACAAGCAAUGAUCAGGAUACUUUAAACACCAUUAUCCGUUGCUGCUCGCCAAGAUUUUUCUUCCUGGGCCUGCCGGGCUUCACAAUGCUGGUCGGCGAUUUUAUCACUGCAGCUGCCCGCGUCCUCAGUUGUAACUCUUCCGAGGCUCCCAGGAUGGAAGCUCAAACAAUUCUUGGCUCAUUAGUGUGUUUCCCAAACCUAUACGUCCACAUUCCAGUCCUGCGGAGUGUAGCUGGCUCUGAUGACACUCAAAUCGGAAAUGAGGAUAUCAAGGAUUAUCUUGUCAAUAUCCUGCUUGAGGCUGCAACAAAAGAACACUGUGAAGAGGCCAGGUGUAUUGCUGUGUGCAGCCUAGGCUUGUGGGUUUGUGAGGAACUGAUGCAAACAAACAUCCAUGAUCAGGUGAAAGAUGCCAUCAAUGUCCUGGGAGUAACACUAAAGUUUGGCAACAAAGCUGUGGCUCAGGUGGCCUGUGACGUUUUUCAGCUGCUCAUCUCUCAUUGGGAGCCUCUCCAAAAUGUGGAACCGACUCUACCUAAGAAAAUCAUUGAGAUAUUUGUGGCCACAACAGCCUUUUUGUUGCCGAGCGCUGAGCACUCAACAGUGGAAGCAGACAAAAAGUUGGUGGUGUCCCUACUGCUUUGUCUUUUGGACUGGUGUAUGGCUGUUCCACUGAGUCUGCUUUUGGAACCUAUCACCACAUCUUUGCUGGAGGACAACACGUCCCCCAAAGCCCCCCUACUGGACUACAUCUACAGGGUGCUGCACUGUUGUGUGUCAGGCUCUACCCUCCACACCCAACAGAGCCACUACCUCCUCAGCCUGGCAGACUUGUCCGCUGAUUAUGAUCUCAUGUUGGGACAGGUGAAGAGUUUUGAGCCGCCACCUUCCCAGACGACCACUACCGACUUCCGCAGCUUGCUCACCGUUGCAGAGGAAAAGCGGCGUCGGAGCAUGGAGCUGAUUCCCCUGACAGCACGGAUGGUCAUGACUCACCUGGUGAAUCAUUUGGGCCAUCAUCCAUUAAAAGGAGGCCCGGCCCUCCUGCAUAGCCUCGUGAGCGAAAAUCACGACAAUCCGUUUGUGGAGUCUUCCGAGCUGUCCUCCGAGGUCUUCAAAAGUCCCAAUCUUCAGCUCUUUGUUUUCAACGAUACCACACUAGUGUCCUACCUGCAGAUCCCCGCAGAGGCCCCCACUGUGGGGCAAACCCCCCACCCGUCCUCACAGGUGCGCAUCAUUGUCCGCGACAUUUCAGGGAAAUAUUCGUGGGAUGGGACAAUCCUGUUCUCAACCAACCAGGAAGACUCCGAGGAUAUCGGCGUUUUUAAGUCAGUCGAUCACACGCCGGGACCCACCGCUGCCGCAGCACAUAGCAAACCUUUGUCCAGUUCUCCAACAAGAGGACCGUCCAAGUAUCAUUUCUCUGUCUCUGAUUCCCACCCCGACUCCUGCGACGUGGAAGAAUUAGAUUAUCUCAAUAAACUUUUAGAGGAGCUCAGCCUGAGCAGCCCGGAAUGCCUCCCCAAAUCGCAAGUCCAGUUAAAUCAGCCGGCCUCCUCACCCUUGGGGAUGAAUCAUGAACAAGAAAGUGCCAUCCUCAGUGCAAUUCUUCGUCAGACUCGGCAGGAGGAGGAGCAAGUCAGAAGGUGGGAUGCUGAUGUGAGCUUCCAGGCUUCCUGUCAGAGGGAAUCAUCCCACCAGGAGCCCAAGGCACCUUUUUAUUACUGUCGGCUACUGCUCAAUGACCUUGGCAUGAACUCCUGGGAGCGACGGAAAAGUUUUCAUUUGCUGAAGAAGAACUCCAAACUCUUAAGAGAACUAAAGAACUUGGAUUCCCGACAAUGUCGGGAGACCCACAAGAUCGCUGUGUUCUACAUUGGCGAAGGUCAAGAGGACAAGUGCUCCAUCAUGUCAAACGGUGCCGGCAGCCAAGCUUAUGAAGACUUUGUUUCUGGGCUCGGAUGGGAGGUGGAUCUGGCCACACAUUGCGGCUUUAUGGGCGGCCUCCAGAGGAAUGGCAGCACAGGGCUUACAGCUCCCUACUAUGCUAACUCCACUGUAGAAGCCAUCUUCCAUGUUUCUACGCGUAUGCCAUCUGAUUCUGAUGACUGCCUCACCAAAAAGCUUCGUCACCUCGGAAAUGACGAGGUGCACAUAGUGUGGUCGGAGCACACCAGGGAUUAUCGGCGGGGCAUCAUUCCAACUGACUUUGGAGACGUGCUGAUUGUCAUUUACCCAAUGGAGAACCGCAUGUAUUUCAUCCAAAUCAUGAAAAAACCACAGGUUCCCUUCUUUGGGCCUCUAUUCAAUGGCGCCAUCAUCAAUGGGAAGCUGCUGCCAAGCUUAGUGCGGGCCACUUGCAUCAAUGCCAGCAGAGCUGUCAAAUCCCGGCUGACUCUCUACCAGAGUUUCUAUGAGGAGAGGGCUCUCUACCUGGAAGCCAUUGUCCAGAAUCACAGAGAGGUCAUGACAUUUGAAGAUUUUGCCUCGCAGGUGUUCUCUCCCUCCCCCGGCUACCCAACGAGCGGGACAGGUUCCCUCUCCAGCAGCACAAACACUGAAGUCUCCGCCGCUACACCGACAGACCCUGUUGACCAGGUUUCCCCCACCAUGCCCCAGGCCAGCAGGAGCCGAGUCUCCGGUAGACUCCGCCGAUCAGCUAGCGCAAUAAGCAAAUCGUCCUGUUGAGCUGAAAUACAGCCUCGAUAGUUUGUUUUGUUUUUUUACUGUAAGAAACUAUCAUGUUUUUGUUGAUGUUUCUUUAGCUCAUGCCACGUGAAUAUGUAACUGGAGGCCAAUGCGAUUUUUAAUUUGAGUGGCAAUCACUCACUUUGUUGUGACAUUUCCUCUUUAAGUAGAACAUUAGCCCUAAGCUGUUUCAGCCACUUUGUGUCCCCCCCCCUCUUGUGUCCUCUAAUGCAUUUGAAGAAACCAAUCUUUCUAGGAAACGGGAGUCUUCUUUUACUUGAGCUCAUUCAUGGUAACUCUUAGUUACCAAAUAUUGAUUUUCUUUUGAAAACCUUUAUCUGUCGCCCCCCCCCCCCAUCUUUUUUUUUUUUUUUUUGCAUUUGUGUUGGAGGGUGCUACUCGUGUGUAGUGAGACCCCAACACAAGCUUUGAAAGCCGCCCUUGCUGCAACACAAGUAGCAGCUGCACUUGCUCUUUUUAAAGCCAGAGUGGACAAUCGGUGACAUCUUUCUAACUUGAGUGGAACUGAAAAUUAUGGGAUUGUUUUUUUUUUUCCCCUCUCUUUUUAAAUCACUCUAAUGUUUCCUUUUUAAAUGGAUUCAGAUAGAUCGCGUCAUGAUUUGAUUUAUGCAACUCUGCUGGAAUGAGAAAAGACUGCGUUUGUAAUUGCAUUGUGAUGUUGUUAACAUGGACUCGUGUCCGGUAAUUGAAUAAGUUCCUGCUGUCUCUUUCCUCCUCGAUUUGUUUCCCUGUCCUGUGACAUCGACAUUCCAACAUUCAAGCCAUUGAUUUUUUUUUUUUCUUUGCACUUUUUUUGUCAACUAGCAUUGAAUGUUCUUGAAAGUAUAUUGCUUUAAAUUUUAUUUUUUCCUCUAAAUUUCUUAGAUGUAAAUAGAAUGUUUUUUGAGGAAUUAUUUCUGCUGUUGUCGUUUUGUGUAGGCAAAGCUCAACUCAGUGCACUGACGAGUGUGUGUUUGUGUGUGUGCGUAUGUGUGAGACAUGGAUUGUCUGUCCGCUCUGAUGCCGUCCCAAGGUUGUUUGAGACAAAACAUGGACGAUCUUCAACUCGUCAUCUUUACCAGAGUGUUUUCUCUCUCCCCUGCGACCCACAACAAAAACAACAGCAGAUGGAUUUGGAAUGGCGGGUCCUCUUAAUUAUAUGUGCCGCGUGUGCGUCUCUCUCUUGUCUUUACCGGCGAAUGGAAUCAAGUGGCCCCUCCUCGUUCCCAUGAUCCACGAGCUUGGGUUUGACGUGGCAUGCCUGAGGUGAACUCUCAGAGAUCUCUAAGCAACAGCCUGGCUGGCGCUCUCACCUCUCCAAGUUACUUGGGUUGCCAUGGCAGCCAGGUGUCCUCUGAGGACUCCACCCAGGCUGCAAGCUUGUCCCCAUCUGGUGCGUUUAUAUAUGCCUUACUUUUCCACUCCUCACAUAUUUCCAGCUAUGUUUGUUUGCUAAUGGAUACAAACAUGCAGCUACUUAAAGCUGGUGAGAUGUUUGUGCUUUUUAUGUCUGGAAGAAAAUGAAUGUAUGAAUCCCUAGCGUCUAGGUUUUGUUUUACUCUCCCCUUUAAGAACCACUUGAAAUAAAUAUCUAAAGAUUGUAGCAUAGUGAUGAUGUCUGUGUCAUUGCAGGUGGACCAAGAUAAAAAGUGAAGAAAAUAACGUGAUGUUUUUUCCCCCCCCUGGUUUUAGCGUUUCUUAUGUACUUGGUGUCAAAUUUGAGGGCUAGAUCACCAUCUUUAAUAUAAAUAAAUACCUGUAAUAUAUUCUUUGUAUAAGAACAAGAGUGGAAUUUAAAGGGAAAAAAAAGCUUGAAGAUUUCAUCUCUUGUCAACAUAUCAAACAGUUUUUAAAUCUGCUAGCUUUUAUUAGAGAUGUGAAAAUUGAAACAUUUCAUUAAAUGCAAUUUGAAAUUGUA